AUGACGAGUUCAUCAUCACCUCGUUUUACCGGUUUUAUUCGUGAUGUUCGAACGUCAAAACAAAAUUUACAACAUACCUUAUCACAGCCUUCGACUGCUCAUAAUACUUCAAAUAUUAAUGAACAACAACCUUAUACGGUACCAACGAAUACUCGUUCAAGAACAGAUUCUUCAACAACACAAUCUAUUGAUCCCUUUCUUUAUCAAGCACUACAAGACACGAAUGAAGCAUUAAGAAGUGAAGUGCAACGUCUGACACGCUCUGAUGAAGAUAAUGUUGAAAAACUUAAAUUACAGCUUCAAAAAUAUGCUGAUCUUAAUGAAGUAUAUAAACAACUUCAAGAUAAAUAUACAAAUCUAAUUGAUGUUGAAGAACAUUUUAAUGAAUUACAAACAAUAUAUAAAAAUCAAAAAUCAUCAAAUGAAUAUUGUUUACGUGAAAAUGAACAAUUAAAAAAUCAAAAUGAACAUUUAUUAAAUGAAUUAGCACGUUUAACACAAGUUGAAACACGUGAUCGUACACGUUCAAUUGAACAAGCUGAUUUACGUCGUCAAUAUGAUGAAUUAUUAGUACAAUAUAAUGAAUUAAAAAUAAAUUAUAAUGAAUUAAAAGAAAAAUAUCAAGGAAAUCAAAUUAGUUAUGAAAAUGAUAUAAAACAUCUUAAUGAUGAAAAUUUAAAAAUUCGUUUAGAAAAUGAACAAUUACAUGCUGCUAAUGAUUUAUUACGUGAUGAAAGACAUCAAAUGAAUGAAUUACAUGAAACAAUAUUAAAAAAACGUUUAGAUGAAAUAAAAUAUCUUCAAAUUGAAAAUCGUGAUUUACAAGCAAUAAGACAAAUAUAUAAUGAAGAACGAGAAACAUUUCAAGCAACAGAUUUAAGAAAAACACAAUUAGAAAAUGAUCUUUUAACAAUGCAUGCUGUUGAAGAUCGUUGUCAAGAUUUACAAACAACUGUUGAACGAUUGGAAUCGGAAGUUCAACUUAGUUUAACACAAGAUUGUGAUCGAUAUCGAACAAAUUUACUAACAAAAUGUGAAGAAUAUGAAAGAAAACGACGUGAAAAUGAAGAAUUAAUAAAUAAAAUUCAUGAAUUAGAAUCAACAAUUAAAUCUCUUCAUGAUACAAAUGAUUUUCAUAAACAAUUAAAUGUUGAAAAUGAAGUUAAUAAAUUAGAAUUAAAAAGAAAACAAGAUGAUUUUGAACAAUUUCAAAAAAUGCAUGAUGCAACAAAACAAGAAAAUCAAGAAACAAUACAUUUACUUGAAGAAAAAAUUCAUGAUCUUGAACGUAAAACGGAAUUACAAUCAUUAAAACAUGAAGAAAUUCUUUUAGAAUUUGAAUCAUUAAAAGCAAGACGUGAUCGAAUAUUACCAUCAUCAACUGGUACAAUACUUUCACAUAAUCAUCCAAAUACAUUUCUAUUAACACAUCAUUGGCCAACACCAACAAUGGUUGAUUCUCAAACAUCACCAACUGAUGAUAGUCAUCCUCCUCAACCAUCACCAGCCGUUCAACAACGACCAUUAUUAAAAUCAACUGGUAGUCAAUCUGUAUCAAUUAAUGAAAAUCAAGAAAUUAAACCAAAAUCUUAUAUAAAUAAUCAAACAGCUCAAAUAGUUAUAGCAAAAUAUUCUUAUGAACCAUUACAAUGUUCUCCAAAUGAUCAUCCUGAAGUUGAAUUACCAUUAAAUGUUGGAGAAUAUUAUCUUAUUUAUGGUGAUGUUGAUGAAGAUGGAUUUUUUGAUGGAAGAAAUUUAGAAGGUCGUUAUGGUUUAAUACCAUCAAAUUUUAUUGAAAAAGUAACAAAUCUAAAUGAUUUACCUGAAACAGUUCGACAUAUAAUUCAACGAUUAACUGGAAAAGUAUUUUCUGAAGAAACAAUGACACCUCGUCGUGAACUAACUACAAGUAUUGAUUCUGAUGUAUUUACUCCAAACACAUUGACCAAUACUCCAACAAUGUAUCGAAAACAAGUAGCAUCAACACAAAACGGAACUUCAUCGGACAUGUCAACAACUAAUGGUCUUACAUUUGGUAAACAUGUUCCUUGUCCUACAAAUCUUCGUGUUGAAAAAUAUCUAACAAAUAGUAUAUUAAUUGCAUGGAAUCCUCCAUUAAUAACAAUACAAAUUCUUGGUUAUCAAAUAUUACUUGAUCAUUCAUUAUAUACAACAAUACGUGCUAAUGAACGUACACGUGCAUUAAUUGAAAAUAUAAAUUUAAAUGAAAAAAUUCAUCGUAUAAGUAUACGUACAAUAAGUCAACAUGGUUUAUCGCGUGAUCAAGAAUGUACAUUAUUGUUAACAAUGUCAGCUGCAAAUGGAAAUUUAAAUGAUUUAUCAUAUGCCCCAAGUGAUUUACGUGUUGAUAGAAUAAAUCAAACAUCGGCUGUUGUUUCAUGGUGGCCAACAUCAAAUGAUAUUGUACAUAAAUUAUAUGUUAAUGAUAUUGAAGUUCAAACACUUAAAGCUGGUGUUUAUCGUUUUAAAUUAUCGGGUUUAUUACCAAAUACAGUACAUAAAGUAACCAUUAAAGCUAAACCAAAUAAUAUAAUAAAUACACAACAACCAUUAGCAUCUUCCAUUGAAUUUCGUACAACAUCAUUUGAUGAAUCAAUUGAACCACCUAAACGUGUACAAGCUAUAGCUGGUCCACAAUCGAAUACUUUACUUGUAUCAUGGGAACAACCAUUAUUAACAACAACAACAGCUCGAGGUUAUCGAGUUCUUGUCGAUGGACGACAAAUACAAGAUAUAAUUAAUCCAUUAAAUGAUCAUACUGUAAUCAAUAUGAAUUCAUUACAUCAAGGUAGAUUUUUAACAGUUCGUACAUUAACUGAAAAUGAUGGUGAAUCACAUGAUUCAAUUCCAAUAGAUCUUGAUGAAAUAUUAAAAAAAUUGGAUACGGAUGUUCCACCGACAACAACAUUUCUUCCUUCAGAAGAAACAUUUGAUAAAGAAUCUAUGCCAUUGACUGCAUCUUCUUCAUUAACAUUAAGAACAACAUCGGAUGAUGAACUAAACAAUCCUGAACAACAAGUAUUUCCAACUCCAUCAGCUGUUAUCGAAACUCAACAAAAGUCAUCUUCUCGUCCACAAGAAAUAUCUUCUCCAUCUACAGCUUCAAUUUCAUCCAUAAAACAAUCAUCUACAAAUAUUUCACAAAUACCAUCAAAUAUUCUACCAUCAACACCACCACAAAUAAAAUCUACAACAACAAAUCCUGAUAAAAUUCGUCCAAUAUCAAAAACUUCUGCACGACCAAUUGGAAUACCACCAAUACAAGCUCCAUUAAAAUCUUCAUCAACAACAUCAUCAGUUAGUACUGAUGUACCACAAAUUGAAAUUAAUGCUCCAAGUCCAAAUAGUCCUAUAACAACAGCAACAGCAACAACAACAACAACAACAACAACAACAGCGAAAUCAAAAACUGAUAAUCGUGAUCAUUAUGACCAACCACAACAGCGUUUUGGUUAUGAUAGUUAUAUAAAACAAUCUGAUGAAUCUACAUCACAUAUUAAAUCUAGUAAUACUCAAAGAAAAACAUCAAAAACAUCAACAACUAUGUCACCGAUAAAACAACGUGAUCAUUCCGAUUCAAGACGAACAACAACAACAACAACAACAGCUACGCCAAUGAAUGGUAAUCCAAAUAUAAAUAAAACAAAAAUUUCAUCACCACGUCAUGCAUCAACAUCAUCAGAAGAACAACAUGUUACAGCACCAACACCAAUGAAAACUGUUAAAUUAAAAGAACAAAUCCCAACACAAUCAGUUUCAUCAAUCAAUAGUCAUUUAUAUAAUAAAACAAAUAAUCCACCACGUUUAUUUAUUGCUUUAUUUGAUUAUGAUCCAAAUGCUAUGUCGCCUAAUAAAGAUAAUGAAGAAGAAUUGCCAUUCAAAGAAGGACAAUUAAUUCGAAUUUAUGGUGAUCAAGAUGCUGAUGGUUUUUAUGUAGGUCAAACAGAAAAUGGUCGUACAGGUUAUGUUCCCAGUAACAUGGUAUCAGAAAUUCAACUUGACGAUGCUGAAAUUGAGGCACAUUUACUCGCAGGUACAAUAAAUCUAGAAAAUCCCAAUCGUGUGACACGUAAGUCUCGAUAUGCUAUUCUUCUUACCUAUAAAUUAUUUUUAACAGCAGCAACACCAACACCAACAACACCAACAACAACAACAACAACAAAACGAAUAUCACCUGGAACAAAUUCAUCAAAUAUAAAAUCAUCAACACAAUCAGUCAAAAAAAUGAUUGCUAUGUUUGAUUAUAAUCCAAAUGAAAAUUCUCCAAAUCUUAAUCCUGAUGAAGAAUUAUCAUUUCGUUCGGGUGAUAUUAUUUAUGUACAUGGAACUGUACAUGAUGAUGGAUUUUAUUUUGGUGAAUUAGAAAAUGGAUCAAAAGGUCUUGUACCAUCAAAUUUUCUUAAAGAAGUAUCAUCAAUCACUACAGAUGAAAAUACUAUUCAACAAGAUAAUGAACAAAUAAUUACAAAUGAAAAUAAAAAAACAUCUUACCGUCGCAGUCCUCAUCAAGUGUAA